UGAGUUGUCAGAAAGUGAUUACGUCAGAAGGCAAGCGGUCGGGGCAGAAAGAGUCAGGAUGAAUACGGCAACUGCUCGCAUUCAACCGAAAAAACAAACUUUAGAAGAUGCCUAUUCACCUCCGGCCAAUUUCCUAGAAAUAGACGUUUGCAAUCCACAAACACAUGGACUAGGCAAAAAGCGAUACACCGAUUACGAAGUCCGAAUGAGGACUAAUUUACCAGUUUUCAAGUUAAAAGAUUCUAGUGUCCGUCGACGUUACAGUGACUUUGAAUGGUUAAGAAAUGAACUUGAACGAGACAGUAAGAUUGUUGUUCCAGCUCUCCCCAGAAAAGCAUGGGAAAGGCAGUUACCAUUCCGUGCAGAUGAUGGUAUUUUUGAAUCGGAUUUUAUUGAAGAAAGAAGAGAAGGCCUAGAAUCAUUCAUAAACAAGGUUGCUGGUCAUCCAUUAGCACAA